AUUGCUCGUGUGACGGGGCGCACGAUCAUUUCUCCACAACUUGCAAUUGUUUGCGUUAAUCAAUCAUGCCUCUGUUUGAUUUAACAACAAACGUAAAAGAAGUUCCUGAAAAUUUCCACAAGGAGACUACAGAAUUAGUCGCACAACUUUUGGGAAAACCGAGCACGGUAAGAAUAUUCACAUUAACAUGACUCUAGCGGCGGACAACUUUUUGAAUGGCGAGAUCAACCCAAUUUUUUCCACGAAUAAUAAGCUUUAUAGGUGUCUCUCGAUUAGUCAGUUUUCCCUGAAGUACAUGUAGUAAACCGGUUUGAGAGUUCCUCCCCAGCGACUCCUCGUCUUGUGGCCGGAAGAGUAGGGUGGCGGGGCGGGGCGGGGGGGUGGUUUAUGGGUGGGUUUGGGUUAGUCAGCGAAUAUUUGCGUGUAUUAUACAUUGUACUCAUGAUCUGUCUUCUCACUGGCUAAGAGCCUACAGCUAAUUUUGGAAAUCAGUGCAACCUACAGAUUAGUUAGUUAUCUGCUAGUGAGUAACUGACUCAUCUGUAGAUUACGUGCACAGUGCAUGAUUUCCAAUAUCAAUUAUUGUCUUUAUUCAGGUUCCUUUUGACUGUGUGUUUGUCAUUAUUUUCUUCAAAACAGUGGAUAAUAAAAAAAUCAUUAGAUUCGCUUUUUGUGAUAUCCUAAAUAAUGAAGGUCUCGGUAAGUGUUAUCAGCCUUGGCCUUGGGUAUGUCCUCCAUUAUUGUUAGUACAAUCCUUUUCUGUGUAGCCUGUUCACAGAUCCUCUAUUUUCUCUUCAAAGUCCGUCAAGCGUAGGUGAUAAAAUAUAAACCGCAGGGGGAUUUAGCUCGCCCGAUGUUUUCAAAAAGAAUGAAAGGAAAAAUAAAACAAUGUCUGUGUACAGACUAUUUGCUGUGAAACUUAAGUUUACAGCUACACCUGUUUUUACGAAAAUUAUCCGAUAUUAGAUUCCCAUACAAACACUGUAAUAAUUAUUUAUCAUGCGGGUGCCUACCCAUCAAGAUGGCUUCCAAAACCAUGAUACGGUCAACAGUGUACGACAGUAUGAAGACUGAAUUUUAAUUAUUCAAAACAACCAUGCCUGGUCAUUACAAGAAAAUAAUGCCCACUUAGGAGCCAAUCAGAGCAUGUGUAUUAUUGAAGCCAUAAUAAUAAGACAUCUAUUUUUUUUCUUGAUAUGAUGAACAGGUUGUUGCAGUGCAAGUCAAUGCUGGAGCAAAGUUAACAUUUGGAGGGACUGAUGAAAACUCUGGUAUGCUUCAUCUCUACUCAGCAGGGAAACUGGGGCCAGAAAAAAAUAAUGAAUAUGCAAAAACUUUUUCUGAGCAUCUGCAGAAGCAUUUUAAAAUUCCAAGUGGAAGGUAAUAAAUCUGGCUUUAAAAAAUUUUACUUUGCAAGCCUUUAGAUAUCUUAGCAUUUAACAAUCAACGAGCUCUGAGGCUUGUCGAGUUGGUAUACAUCUGAGCUCUUUUUCUAACAUAAAAGUCAAAAAAUUGUUAAAACAGUUGUUACGAUAUAAGAUGAAUUUUGUUUCACUGGUCAGUGGUCAUCACUGGCAACUGACUCUUUCUUCAUGAGCCUCCAUCUCCUUAGGCUGCAGGGCAGGUGUUUUGUUUUUAACUAAAGCUCAGAGGUACAUUAAUCACAGCUGCCAUCUUGAAAGCAGUUGCAAAACUGAUGGGGGGAUGGAGAAAACAGGAAAAUUUUUUCCUCCCCUCCCCCUCCUAUAUUUUGAGCCAUCAACCUCUCCCGUGAAAUCCUUUUUUGACUCGCCCAAAGAAGAAGAUUAGUACCCCUCCUUGAACCCACACACCCUCAGAAACAAUCUUGCCUUGACCUGGUAGAGUAUUUAAUAUUAUGGAAGGCUAAGGUUUUGUAUUAACAUGGCGCAACAUGAACUGAUACAGCAUGAAUCGACAUUUAAAAUUUUCCCCAUUUUUCUUGUAAAGUAAAGAGUCUUUAUCAUGAUCAGGUUACUUUGUGUCAAUUCUCCGGAAUAUUGAUUUAACUAUCAGUAUUGGUGUUGCUAUUGAAGAGAUUUGGUUUGGUUGCUGCUAUCAUGCAGGGAGGUGGUCACUAUUUUUAGAAUUUCCUGGUGGUCUCAACUUUUCUACAGUCAAUUUGGGUGAUAAUAACGUUGUUUUGGGGGUACCCUAACCUCCUUUGCUGGAGACUCCAUCGUGUACAAUAAAUCUUAAAAUGAAAAAUCCUGAUUUCUUGGACCCUUUCUCAUGAUUCAAGUAAAAUCCAACUUCCUUUUAUCAGCCAAACAUUGUUAUAUAUUUUGACCCAUUGUUCAAACCUCCCAGUAAUUCGAACCAAUUUGCUUUUCCCAUAUAGUUUGAAAAACUGUAGCCUGUGAACUGCAGACGUAUUUCUGGUCAUUGCUUCUCUUCCUCUGAAAAAGGAGGGAGAGAAGAGACCACCAGAAAUACGUCUGCAGUUCACGGGCUAGAAAAAUAAUUAUUGUGAUUCCACUGUAAAAAACUAGGCUGCAAAAACCUCAGCUCUUAUCAGCCUAUUAUUAGUAACUGUUUUAAUAAAUAAUUAUUGUAAAUGUUUUGUAGGUUGUUUAUCUUCUUCCAUGACAUUGCAAGAAGUGACUUGGGUUGGAAUGGCAAGACCUUGGCUUGAAAAUGACAACGUCGACAGUCCUGUAUCAGAGACCGGCAGACUGAUAGAUUUUAGAUCUGUGAUGUGAUGUCAAACAUAACAGAAGAGAAAGGAGUCCCUUUUGUAACAUUGAUGAGAGUCAUUAUCAAAAUAAUGAUCGUUAGUGUCUAAGAACACUAUAAUGAUAAUUGUAAUAAAAAAACAAAGUGAACCUUUAAUUCUGAUGAUCACUCAAAUAAUAAACAUUGAGGAAAUAAAACUAGUUACAUGA